ACUGUUAUAUGACUUGUUAGCGUUCUAUGCUUUCAAAAGAUCUUCUCAUGGAUUUCAUAUACUGUUUGCAUUGUUUGAUCGUUUAUUAACGCAUUACAGAAAGAAAAAAUGUAGUACUUAGCAUUUAAAACAGUUUUUCCCAUACUUCUACACUUCCCAUUUUUUAAUACUCGUGGCUUAAUUUUUUGCAAUAUCUGGAAAAUGUGGACCUCAUUAUCUUUAAAAUGCUUUUAAAAAGAUGAAUAGGUUGAUAAAACAUAAUUUAUUAAGUUGCCCCCAAAAGCCAUUCAAUUGUGCAGCCGGAAGAAAAAUGAAGUAGGUCAGGUCAUAGUGAGAUAAGAGUGAAAAUUAAAUAAAUUCCCCGUCAAAAUCCAGGCAUAUUUAUAUUUUUUGUUAGGUCAUUCGUUUAUUUGCGCAUGGUGAACGAGGAAUAUAUUAUAACUUUUAUUCAGAAUUAAAGUACAAACAUCUGAAUAAGGAAGUUCUGGUUUGACAAAAAAGAAAAUAUUGGCAGUGGAUGCAACAGUUUGACAAAAUGCAUUCUCCAAUCACCAUAACUAUAUUUACCUUCAUAGUUCUUGUAGAAUCAAUAUAUCUUCCGACGACGGAAAAUCAUAAAGGAGAUUCAAAUAGAAAACUUCCUAUAAAGAACCUAACAGCCGCCAAUCACAGCAGUGCUAUGGUAUAUGAGACACGUGGUGAUUUAAAGACGGAACCGUGUACACUUCAAGUGAUGGACGAGUCGAAAAAUCAGUUUACUCACGAUGUAUUAAGAUAUCGUUACAACUUUGUUUAUUUUAAACUGAAUUUUUUAAACUUCAGUUUAAAUGAAACAAAAAUGGUCAUUACCAAGAAUGACUGGAUAUGGACAUAUAAAGGAGUGAACGGGGCACGCCAGUAUCUUAACCUACCAGGAGACUUUGGUUAUUUGUCAUUUGGGUUACUGUGGGCUCAUACCCUCAAUGAAAAGUUUUCUGUUGAUAUCAAGAAGACAGGCGAAUGUAGUAAUCUGACAAUCGGUCUGAAGGAAACGGACUUACUUAUUGGAAAGGCAUUGGGAAACAUGACGUCACAAAUAGCUUCACAACAUGACAUGUACAAUUCUAGCUAUUGGUGCUACAACAAACGUUCAUGGAUACACUCGAUGUUCGUCUAUAGAGCGUGCAUGAGUGCGAUAUGUACAGUCCAAACAAUUGAAUAUAACUGCUGCAAAUUUUUUAUUGAUUUCACAGACAAGACACGAAUAGUCCAGUGUGACUUAGAAGAUUAUAAGUUUGGCGCACUCUGGUGGAUUUUGCCGACACUGAUAGGAGAAAUCUGUUUUGCACUCUAUCCACUUUUGUUGACAAAACUUGGAAUGAACGUUAAGACAAUAUCUGAAAACAUGGAAAUGGAAAGACGUAGAUCUUUAUCAAUGGAUGUAUAUAAUGAAACAACCCAUUUUGUCAAAAAUGACAGAAAUAAGAAAAAUAGGAAUACUUUUAUUUCUUUAAAAGCUUCGAAUCAUAUCACAUUUUUGUCUACGCUGUGUUCGCCUUUAUAUGGUUUGGAUCUAAGCGGGGCAAUAAUAUCACGAGCAUUACGUUUAUGGAUCCUCAUUCUACCUUUAACUCUUUCAACCAUCCACGUUUUGGUGGAUUACAUUUAUGCAAAGGAUUUUAUGACCGAUGCAGUGAAGAAAGGCGCUCUUCUUGGAUUCAGUUCAAUAAUAGCUGGACUUAGUGAGUCAAGAAAACAGUUUUUAUACUUUUUUGGAGGUCCACUUGUUGCUAUAACAAUUUAUCUAUCAUUUGGUUUUCUAUUAAUCGUAUUUCCACCAAAUCUAGAAGAUUUUGUAGCGACUGGUCUCCCAACACGCGUAAAGAAAUUUAUCUUCUUGACGAGAAUGCCGCUGAAACUCAAAGAAAAACUGUCCGGUAUAAGUGUUAGGAAUCAUAAAGGGUAUACAAAACUACACAAACUUUUUCUUGUUCAUAUAUUUAUGUUAUUACAUAAGCAGUUUUGGGGAAAGUCGAUCAAAAUGUUCUACCUUAGAUGGAAAACUGUCAUAUUCUCAACAAUUGCUGGUAAAUUGCAUAGUGUGUUCGCAACAGUUAUUUCAUAUUUUGUUUGUUUGCCAUUUUAUAUAAUAUUUUGUCUCCUGGAAUUGCUAUUUGGCAUAUUGUACUACGCUUUCCCAGUUAUAAACUGUUUUUUCGUUAUGUUGAAAUCAUUUGUUAUUCACUACACUACCUUUUUCCAAAACAAAGGAUGUGUUAUGAAAUGUCUCCAAUAUGUCCUGCUUCUUCCAAUGUUAAUUCUGUUUAGCAUCUCUUGGUAUAUGUACUGCGUUCUUUUCUUUGAUGGAUUUUGGUUUUUGUCAAAAAUUGUAAUGUUCACAUACAGCGGCAUUAUCGCGUAUCCUAAACUUUCAUACGGAUAUUUGGUCCUUGUGUUCAUGGCUUUGUAUUACCUAACGGAAAGUUUUAAUGCUUUUGGUGACAGCUAUAGAGAACUUUUGAAAUUGAGCGUAGAGGCUUGUGAAAAGUUCCAACAGAAACAUAUUGACGACUCUGAAACGGGUCUAGAAGAGAUCAAAGAUAUUCGAACCAAAUAUGGCAUAAAGAGAGAUCUCUUCUACAAGAUUGUAGAUCGGCAUUUACCUAGGAGAAACCAAGUGUUGAUAACGAUACUGAAGUUUACCUCAGUGAUAACUAUCUUGACAAUAUCAGUUGAGUUACUCAUAACGUUCGAUAAAUUCCAAGAGUUAUCACUCGUGACUCACGUGUUUACAGUAUUGUUUAUAUGUGCGUUACCGAAAAUAAUAAAAAUGAUGUGCUUACAAAAUAUCAGGUAUCAGACACGUAGGAAGUUGCAACAAAAGUUAUUGCGAACUAUUGCUGAUUAUGUCAGAAACAGAAAUAUCAGCAGUUCUGACGACGACGAACAGAGUAUUUUACUUUCACAAAGUUCUGAUUACGAAACUCUACGAAGUAUGGAUUCUGAUUAAUAAAAAGAUAGAGUGAUAUCAGUGUCGAAAAUGCGCCUACAUGUAUACCACGACAAAACUAUAUAAAGCGAUCAUCCGCAGCAACGUUUUGCAUUGACUGCUUGUUUAAUUUUGGCUUAUUUUGACUCUAUUCAAGAGAACUUUUUAAUUUGGACUUCUUGCACUACUUCAUUGGUAGAAGCAUACAUUGUGAAAAUGUCUUGUCAAAGAUUGUGUAUUUUUUCAUGAAUGUAUCUGCAUAAAUAUAGGUUUCAGAUUAUACUUGAUACAAGGACUAUACUACAUUCUCCUCAUGGAAUAUAAUAUAGCUUAGUCUGUAGUGUAUAUUAUCUGUAGUGUAUAUAUUAUUGAUAUAUUUUGUUUAUAUGUGUGUUAUGUGUGAAAUACAUAUUUAUGUUUAUGUGAUUGUAGUGUAGGUAACAAAGAGUUGCGUUUAUGAACAAGUUCUUUUGACUCUAUGUUGCUUCAGAAGGAUAUUAUUAUUUCAGAAAUUUGGUACCAAUAUUUUAUAAUCGCAUAUAUUCAAAACGUUUUAUUUAUUAUUUUUUUGUCGGGCAAUAUAAAACUACCAUUAUUACCAUUAUCAGUGUCUCAUAUCUAUUUUCCACCACGAGAAUGCAACCGGAUUUAGAAAAGUGCAUUUUCGAGAUUCCUGUCAUGGUUAGUAAUUAUGUAGAACAUUUAAAUCAUUCAAAAAAAAAAAAAAAAAAUAGAAUUACAAAUGUAUGUUCUUGUGCUAAAACAUGUUCUUUCUGAAUUUAGAUAGAAAUAAUAUUGUAAAAUAAUAGAAAUAAACUUGCAUUUUUCAUUGUGUUUUCAUAUUUUUUCCACAUAAUUUGAACAGGAAUUUCGUUCUUUAGUUGAUGCUGUUUUUCAUAAAAGCGGUUACUAAAAAUAGACAGUAUACGGCCUUUUCGUGGAAAGUAAUACACACAUGAGAAACGCUAAGGUCAAUAUAUUGUAAAAAAUCAAACACCGUCAAAUCAUAGAAAGAAAAAGUUGUUACACAUGAAAACUGAACAUGAAUAUUACUAAUGGGCCACACUUUCUGAUAGUUUUGUGCAGCUAAAAUCUUACCGUCAAACUUAUAUCUAGAAUGAAAACUUCGACCCCGUGAACAUA